UAAUUAACCAAAGAAUACCAAAACAAAACAAUCUUCACUGUAUUAAAAAAAAAAAAAAGAAUGCAAAAAUACUAGUAUCUCAAACCUAGCUACCACAUACACACAAAGCUAAAAGGAUGAUACUGCAGCCAAUUAUUAAGCUCCUGGCCUUAACUUUGAUAUGGUGGAGCAGUGUUAAUGUUGAAUAUGCAGUUGCAGCGACCCGCGACACACGUGUAAUAAACUCUGGGUGUAGCCCAAUCAACGCUACCAACACGGGUAGCUUCUUUGCGAAUGUCAAUGAGACAUUCUCAGAGCUGAGAGGAGAAAUAAGGAACCAGAGCAGGCACUUUGGCACAUCAUUGAAAUCCAAAGGAGAUGUCAAUACAUAUACUAUGUUUCAAUGCAGAAAUUAUCUCUCCAGAAAUGACUGUCUUGCUUGCAUCAACACUGCUUCCACCCAAAUCCGGGAUAUAUGCAAAAUAGCGAACGGUGCCAGAGUCAUCUACAAUGACUGCUUCCUCAGGUAUGAGAGUGAGAGGUUCUACCAACAGACCAACGAAAUCGGUGGUGGGGUAACAUGUGGGAACAAGAGCACAAAUGCCACAGGUUUUAGAGCAGUUGGACAACAAGCACUACUGGACCUUCAAAAAGCAACACCUAAAAUUAAAGGUUUCUAUGCAGCUACUAAGACACAGGUGGCUGGUGGUAGUGCAAAUAUUUAUGCCAUUGCACAGUGUGUUGAAACUGCCUCCCAACAGAAAUGUCUGGAUUGCAUGCAAGUUGGAUACAACAACUUACAAAGUUGCCUUCCCAGCACAGAUGGUUCAGCAUAUGAUGCUGGCUGUUUCAUGAGAUUCUCCACCACACCUUUCUUUGCUGAUAAUCAGACCAUUAAUAUCAGACCCUAUUUAAAAGAAGGAGGUUCAAGCAAGAAGUGGGCCAUUAUAGGUGGUGUCGUAGGAGGUGUUGUUCUCCUCCUUGUGUUGUUUGCCUGUAGAUUGUUUACAAAACAAAAGAGGGUUCCCAAAGCUGACAUAUUGGGAGCAACUGAGUUGAGAGGUCCGGUUAACUACAAGUAUACAGAUUUGAAAGCUGCAACAAAAAAUUUCAGUGUUGAAAAUAAACUUGGAGAAGGAGGAUUUGGUGCUGUAUACAAGGGUACUCUGAAAAAUGGAAAAGUUGUGGCCGUCAAGAAACUAGUGUUGGGAAAAUCAAGCAAGAUGGAGGAUGAUUUUGAAGGUGAAGUGAAGCUUAUAAGUAAUGUUCAUCAUAGGAAUCUCGUUAGACUUCUUGGUUGUUGCAGCAAAGGCCAAGAGAGAAUCCUAGUUUAUGAAUACAUGGCAAAUAGCAGCCUUGACAAAUUCUUAUUUGGUGACAAAAAGGGUUCCCUCAAUUGGAAACAACGCUAUGAUAUAAUUUUGGGAACCGCAAGGGGUCUAGCGUAUCUACAUGAAGAGUUUCAUGUAUCCAUCAUUCAUAGAGAUAUAAAGACCGGUAAUAUCCUUCUAGAUGAUGAUCUCCAGCCCAAAAUUGCUGAUUUUGGGUUGGCAAGGCUUUUGCCAAGGGAUCGUUCUCACCUUAGCACAAAAUUUGCUGGAACAUUGGGAUACACAGCACCUGAGUAUGCAAUGCAAGGCCAAUUGUCAGAGAAGGCUGAUACCUACAGUUAUGGUAUUGUGGUCCUAGAAAUCAUAAGUGGUCAAAAGAGUACCAAUGUUAAGAUUGAUGAUGAGGGUCGUGAGUACCUUCUUCAACGAGCAUGGAAACUGUACGAGAGAGGCAUGCAAUUGGAGCUUGUGGACAAGGACAUAGACCCUAAUGAAUAUGAUGCUGAAGAAGUGAAGAAAAUCAUAGAAAUUGCUUUAUUGUGCACUCAAGCAUCUGCUGCAACAAGGCCAACAAUGUCAGAAUUAGUAGUGCUACUCAAAAGCAAGAGCUUAGUGGAGCAACUGCGACCAACUAUGCCUGUGUUUGUCGAAGCGAAAAUGAUGAAUGGGGAAGGUAUCUCUGAUAAUCCAUCUAAUGCCACUCUCUCCAUUUCUGUUCUAUCGGCCCGAUGAUUAUUGGAUCAAUGUGGUAAAGGAUCUUGAUGAACUGAUUCAAUAAUGUAACAGAAUAAAAUAGUUAAAGAUUGCUUUUCAUUUCAGUUUUUCUUUUUUAACAAUCAUUCAAGUAGAGCAUAUGUUGCAAAGUAAAAACUACUAUGGUGUUGUUGAUUUAUCAGUAGAGUAUAUAGUUUGAUAGUUUCCUGUUUAAAAUCAUGUAUGCAAGUAUAGUGGAAUUUUGAAGCACAUAUUGUAUGUAACAUCUUGGGUGCUGACAAAGCCCAAGAGAGAUCAUCGGUGCAAAAAAGAUGAGGGACAGAUAAGGAGUGACUCUUCACAGGUUUCCAACAUAAGGGAUAUAUGAAUAAAUCAAAUACACACUCGAAUGAGAGAAAUUCAGAUGUAAUGUUGAGAUUUA